AAUGGAUCCUAUAAAAUUCUAGAAUUUUAGACAAUAAUUGCCAAUUCUUCUUCAAACUUGUGAGGAGAUUAGUGAAGUAUUUGGGUUUACUCUAAGUGAAUCACUAAUACUAUUACAUUAUUAUAAAUGGAAUGAUUAUGCAUUAAAUGAAGUCUUAGCAAGUCAAGAAGAUUAUGAUCAGAUAUUAAUUAAAAGUGGGGCUAAGUCGGCUAUUCAGUAUAAUUCAGAGAGGAUUUGUCCUAUUUGUUACUCCAAUUAAUCAGAAAUCAAUUUAAGUUGUGGUCAUUCUGCUUGCAGAUCCUGCUUUGAAUUAUACUUAGGAGAAAAGUUAAAGAUGAGUUCAUUUAUCAAUUGCUUCUUUUUAGGUUGCGCCUUAAAAAUACCAUAUUCUUUUUUUGAAGAACACAAGGUCUAUUAAUAAAGCUAUCUAUUGAGGCUGAGCAAAGAUUUUAGAACCACUUUUAAAUGCUGUAAUAAUUAAGAUUGUGAAUAUUACAUUCAAAAUCAACCCUUGAAUAAUAUUGUACAAUGUUUGUGUGGGACUGUAUUUUGUUUGAAAUGUGAGUAAGGAGAUCACCGACUUUUGAAGUGUUAGCAAUGUGUUGAAUGGGUCAAACUAUACGAAGGAUCCGUCAACAUUCUAAAUUUCAUUAAUCAAGGCAAAUUCUGUCCGAAGUGUAAUCAGUUCAUCGAAAAGAAUUUAGGAUGCAAUCAUAUGACUUGCAGAAAACCCUUAGGAUGCGGAUAUGAUUUUUGUUGGAUAUGCAUGGAUGCUUGGUCCUUACAUUCCAAGGAAACUGGAGGCUAUUACAAAUGCAAUAAGUAUAAUGAUGAAUAGAUUGAAGAGAAGAAUAAGUUGAAAGUAGAUAAAUCAGAAGAAAAACGAUUAAUAUUCUAUGCUAUAAGAUAUGCUGGACAUGAGAAGGGAUAAUAAAUUGCAUUAAAAAAGAAAAGAAGAUUUUUAGACAUGGUUCAAAAGUAGCAAGUGAUCGACUCAUUUAAAGUGCUUUUAAGGGAUAGCUAUAAUUAUAUUAUAUAGGCAAGGAUAUCUUUAAAAUGGACCUAUGUCUAUGCAUAUUUCUAAAAGAAGUAGAUGCCUAUGUUCGAAUUUGGACAAGCAGAUUUUGAGAGAUACUGUGAAAUAUUGCAUGACUUGCUUGAAAACGAGAUUUACAUAAAAAUGAAAUAAAAAUAAUCAAUAGAAUAAUAUCACUAAAAAUUACUAAAUAAUUUCAAUUUAGCAAAACAAGUAUAAAUAUAUUUAUAAUAAUAAUUAGUUUUAAACUCGAUUUCUGUCUGAAUUUUCAAACCAAAAAUGA